AUGCAGUUCUCUCUCGCCUGUCUCGCUGCCAUCCUGGCCACCAGCGUCUCCGCUGCCCCAGCUCCCGCCGUCAACAUGAUGGCCGCCAGCCCCCAAUGGACCAUUGAGAACAUGCAGCGAAGCUGCGCCAAGGACGACAGCUCCUGCACCUGGAACUUCAAGAUCGACACCCACAAGGGUGCCGCCACCGGCUGCAAGUACGUCGUCAAGGGCAGCAAGGCGUCUCAGCGUAACGGAGGACCAGUCAAGUGCGGUGACUUCACCAUCACCUCUGGCUGGAGCGGCCAGUUCGGCCCUGGAAACGGAUUCACCACUUUCUCUGUUGUUUCUUCCAAGCGACAGAUUGUCUGGCCCGCUUAUACCGACAAGCAGGUCCAGAGCGGAAAGGUUGUUAAGCCUGAUCAGUCUUAUACCCCUGCCAACCUUCCCAACUAA